AAGAGAUAACGUCAAAAAAUGCCAACUACUCUAGUCGUUGCCGAGCCUAAUCCGAUGAUGAGCCAGCCAGUCACCAGUCACCCCACCUCGCGCGCGCACUCUCUCUCUCUUCCCUUUCCCUACUCUCACGUGUCGGCCGAGCCAUCGCCGAACCGCUUUUUAAAUCUAUAACCCUAAUUUCUCCCCCUCCUAAUCAAAACCCAACCCUCAUUUGUUCAUCUUUUCGAUGGCCGAUAUCACCGAUUCCGUUACUCCGUUAGCUAUAAUCACCCCUCCUUCAACCACUCCCAGAUCACGUACGUUACCUGUCCGUGAAGAUUGUUGGUCGGAGGAAGCUUCGUCUACCCUCAUCGACACUUGGAGUCGCCGUUACGUCGAGCUUAACCGUGGGAACCUCCGUCAGAAGGACUGGCAGGAUGUUGCCGGCGCUGUUAAUGCUCUUCACGGUCAUACUAAGAAGACGCAUCGUACCGAUGUUCAGUGUAAGAACCGGAUUGAUACCAUUAAGAAGAAGUAUAAGAUCGAGAAGACACGGAUUGCGGCUUCUAAUGGAACCCUAACGUCUUCGUGCCCGUUCUUUGAACGAUUGGAUUCUCUUAUCGGAUCUAAUUUUUCAGCUAAAAAGGUUUCGCCUUCGCCUAUGAUAUCACCGAAGCCAUCACCGAGUUUGUCACCCGGGAUUCCCGGGUCUCCUCCGGUGGCUCUUCCACUUCCGUUGCCCUACAGGACGACUCCGGCGCCGGCUACGGUUGUCUCGCUUCCACAGAAGAGGCCGGCUGUCGACGAUGGGUAUUUCAAUAGAAAUUAUUCCGCCGUUGCUGCUGCUGCUGCUGCUGUAGAGAGCGACGAGGAAGAGGUAGAGGAAAGUGAGGGAGAGGAAAGUGAAGGUGAAGGAGAGGAGAGGGAAGGGAUGAAGAGUUUGGCAAGAGCGAUAGAAAGGUUUGGUCAAAUGUAUGAAAGAGUGGAAGGGGAGAAGCUGAGGCAGAUGGUGGAAUUGGAGAAGCAAAGAAUGCAAUUUGCUAAAGAUUUGGAAGUGCAGAGGAUGAGGAUGUUAAUGGAUACGAAGGUGCAGCUCGAGAAGAUCAGGCGUGAUAAAUGAUCCUCGGGUUCCUGUGAUAUCUAUAGCUAGCCAAUCUGGGAGUGAGUUUUGACAGGGAAGAACAUGAAGAAUAUGAUAUUUGACUUUUAUACUCGUUCCCUUGAAAGUAUAUAGUUAUUCUGGUAGAUACUGGACUCAGAACUCAGAAGAUAACCAGCAGUUGGCAGAUAACAUUGCCUGAAGCUUCAAAGUUCCUUUCUUUUGCCUUUUGCCUUUUGCCCUUCAUUUGGGGGUUACAAAAACUGAAGUUGUAAUUUAAUUUGGACCUACACAUUUUGGUCCUAUGUAUUUUGUUUUAGUUAACUUUUUGUCUUUUUUUUUGUAAGUCUGUUUGCUGAAAUGGACAAGAUUAGGUUGUAUUCUGAAACACUUGUGGUAACUAUCCCCCGCCAAAAGCUUUGAUU